AUGGGUACCCAGAUGAGCUCUGCUCGGCGCGGCGUCGCCACCGAUGAGAUGAAACAGGUGGCCCGUGACGAGGAUGUCACGAUGGAGUGGCUCCUGCAGAAGAUCGCCAGCGGCUCGAUCAUAAUUCCCAGCAACAACGUCCGGAAGCAGAAGAUCCACAACGUGGGCAUAGGCCGCGGACUCAAGACCAAGGUCAACGUAAACAUCGGCACGUCCACGCUCAACGUAGAUCCGGAGGCAGAGGUAAAAAAGGCCAGGACCGCCGUCAAGUACCACGCCGACACCAUAAUGGAUCUCAGCGACGGCGGGGAUGUAGGAGCCAUCAGGAGGACCUUGCUGGAGGCUGCCCCCAUCACGUUUGGCACUGUCCCCAUCUACGAGGCGUACAACUAUGGCGUCUCAGUCCACAAGAACCCCAUGAACCUCACCGAGGACGACUUCCUGAAGGCCUUUGAGAACAACGCAAAGGACGGCGUUGACUAUACCACGAUUCACGCCGGGAUCACAAAGGAGAUCGCAAAGAGGAUUCUCCAGGUGCAGCGGCACGGCGGCAUCGUGAGCAAGGGCGGAACCAUCACUGCCGCCUGGAUGCUCAAGUACGACAAGGAGAACCCGUACUUUGAGCACUAUGACUACUUGAUCGAGCUUGCCAGAAGGUAUGACGUGACGUUCAGCCUGGGGGACGCCCUCAGGCCCGGCUCCAUUCUGGACUCUCACGACGAGCUGCAGGUGCAGGAGAUGAUCAAUGUGGCCAGGCUGACCCGGCGCGCCCACCAGCAGGAUGUGCAGGUGAUGGUGGAGGGCCCGGGGCAUGUCCCGCUAAACGAGGUGGCCGCCAACGUGCGGCUGGCCAAGUCCCUCAUCGGGGACGUGCCGUAUUACGUCUUGGGCCCGCUGGUCACAGAUGUCGCCUCGGGCCACGACCACAUUGCCAGCGCCAUCGGAGCGGCGGUGUCUGCCAGCGAGGGUGUUGACCUGCUCUGCUAUCUUACCCCCUCAGAACACUUGGCGCUGCCCGAUGCCGACGAGGUCAAGGCAGGCCUCAUAGCCUACAGGAUCGCGGCCCAUGCGGCGGACCUGGUCAAGAUCAGGGACAAGGCGAUAAAGUGGGACAUGGCGAUGACAGAGGCCCGGCGCACCCUGGACUGGGAGAGGCAGAUCGCCCUGUCCAUUGACCCCGAGGAGGCUGCCAGAAUUCACAGCAGGACGGGCCAGCAUCCGGGAAACAAUGUUCCCUGUACAAUGUGCGGGGGAGCCUGCGUCUACAUCAUGCUGCCCCAGCAGAGAAGAUACGAGAAGGACAAGGAGCUACAGCAGGCAGGAUAG